AGGUCUUACCUGUGCUCCCCCUUUUCCUCCAUCAUCACUGGAAAGAAGGAAAAACUCACACAGUGAACGUGCAGUGGGUUUUUAGAUGUUUGUGUUGACUGGGAUGGAAAUGCAUCAGUGUUAAUGUGCUGUGUAUGAGUCCUUUCCAUCCUUCUAGAGCCUGGCCUUCACUGGCUGAGCAGGAGGCCCUUCAGCUGGGGAGGAGCCGGCUUCUAGAAGUCUUAUGCCACAAUUGAAACACCAACCCCAGCAAAUGCUUCCUAGUAAUGGUGCAGUAUUUUGGUCUGUCUUCUGUUUGUCUUUUGUUUUGCACGCUGAGUACUGAGCUAGCUGUAGCUGCUGCUAAUACCCACAUCCCCAGUAGGACAUAUGCAAUCUUAUUUUAUUGGGUUUUUAAAUGGCUAAAAGUGUAAAUAAUUUUAACUUUCAUUGGUUUUGUCUGGGGGGAGGGAUGGGGUGCACAUUCAAAUGUGGCUCUCAGGGGCAAGCAAAGGGAAAAGGGGUCUUUGGAGCAGAGGGUAGCAGUAAGGGGACAAGGGCAGGCGGGUGUUGUGCAAAGAGACCUCUUCUGCAGACUGUUACUGUCUUUUGUGUCACUGCUGGAACAGGGUGUUGGGCGAUACCUGCUUUUUUCCCUGUCUCAUUUGAGUUCUGUUACUGGGUGGCUGUGGAGUUGAUUUUUUUGCAAUCAAUGAAAUUCACUCCUGGCCCUGUUCAGUUUCUUGCUGCCUUGGCAUCUCUUGCCUUCCGCACCACUGACCCUUCUAGCACCCCAUCUGUGCUCUGCUGGGCAUCAUAGCACGGCACCUGGAGACUCCGACCUGACUAGAAUAGAGCCAGGAGCUCUGUUACACGGCAGGCUCUGUGGUUUGUGUCCCUUGGGGAAGGGGAGGAAGCUCGGAGGGAAAAGUUCAAGCUGUCCCACGGGGGCAGAGACAUUUCUUGCUGGUCUGGCAGGGCAGGAUGGUUCUGACGCUGGCCCUCGUGGACUCCGCCUUGCCCUAACCCCAGCGCCGGGGCAGGUCUGUGCAGCUGGUCUUCCCGCGGGUCCCAGUGGUGCUCCCGAAGGAGGAGCAUGCGGAGGGGUGCGGGGGCCGGGCCGAGCUCCCCGGGGCGGGCCGAGCUCCCCGGGGCGGGCCGAGCUCCCCGGGGCGGGCCGAGCUCCCCGGGGCGGGCCGAGCUCCCCGGGGCGGGCCGAGCUCCCCGGGGCGGGCCGAGCUCCCCGGGGCGGGCCGAGCUCCCCGGGGCGGGCCGAGCUCCCCGGGGCGGGCCGAGCUCCCCGGGGCGGGGCUGUGCCUGGUCCCGCCCCGUGACGCCCCGCCGGAAGCGGGCGCGGCGGGGCCGCCGGUGCCGGUGGCGGCAGUGCCGCCAUGGAGUUCCCGGACCUGGGUGCGCACUGCUCCUGGCCCGCCUGCCAGCGCCUGGGGGGAUGAGAGAUGUGGCCCUGGCUUUGCUGCGGGUCGCUGUUGUUCCUUCGGGAAGAGUCGGGGAGGCCCUCGGGCUGCGGGAUGUGCAGGUCCCAGUGUGUCCCCUCUGCAACACCCCAGUCCCUGUGAGGCGGGAGGAGAUGCCUGAUAUUGUGGUGGGUGAGCACAUUGACCGUGACUGCAAGUCUGACCCUGCACAACGCAAGCGCAAGAUCUUCACCAACAAGUGUUUGAAGCCUGGCUGCAAGCAGAAGGAGAUGAUGAAGGUGAUCUGUGACCAGUGCCACAAGAACUACUGCCUCAAGCACCGGCACCCUCUGGACCAUGACUGCAGUGGGGCAGGGCAUCCCCUUUCCAAAGCAGGGCAUGCUGCGGUUACCAGAGCCCAGGCAUCCUCCUCCAAAAUAGUCACUGCAUCAAGCAGCGGAGCUGCCCGGCCAGCAGACAGCUCGUCUUCUCCGGCCUGUGCCAGGGGAGGCAGAGCAGCUGCAUCGCAGACUCGCAGCACCUCCCCUCCAGCUGUCAUGCUGCAGAAUGGGCUGAGCGAGGAAGAGGCACUGCAGCGAGCUCUGGAGAUGUCCCUGGCAGAGUCAGCACGCAGCUCAGCACAGCCACCCAGCACUCAGGAGGAGGAGGAUCUGGCACUGGCCCAGGCGCUGUCAGCGAGCGAAGCCGAGUACCAGCAGUCACAGCGGCAGGCGCAUGGUUCAAAGCCAUCGAACUGCAGCAUGUCAUAGGCAGGUGAGGCAGGGUGUGCCAGUGGACACAGAAUCCCGCUUGUGACCCGAGGAGCGGCUCUGGCCUCCCACAUGGAUGCCAUGGGGUUCUGACCUGGACACCGGUUCUAAGAGCCCCUUGCCAAGGACAGCUCAUCUCCCUGGGAGCUGUAAGCCACCAAAUACACACUGACACUUCAGCCCUAGUACCUAUAUAAAAUUAGUGCAGCAAAUUGCUAAUGCUCCUGGGGAGGUGAAGACUGGUACAGGACAGGGCUGGGUACACACCAACCAAAGCAAGCAGCAGCCCAGGCUCUGCACCUAACCCACAGUUGCCACAGCCAUGUCCCAACACUGCUGGGAUUGUGGGUGAAGGGCAGAGCUGUGUGGGGACAUCUCUGCAUGCUCAGACAUACAGCUGGGAUGUGGCUGCCUUCUGUAGUGGAGGCUGGAUUCCAUGCUCUGGGGAGGGCUGUGCCAGCCCCUCAGCAAAGAGCAAAUGGGCUGGGAUGUCUCUCACUUGGGCAUGGCACAGAUGAAUGUGCAGCCUCCCAGCAGCAUGAAGGCAGCCCCUUCCCCGCUCCAAACACCCUCGGUGCCUCCCUACUGUUUGCAUGUACAAGAGUAUGUUGGGCCUUAUUCUGCUCGGCUGGGGCACAAGACCUCUCAGACUGAAUGGAGCUGAUUUCCUUUCUGGUUUAAUAUAAUAAGUAACCUUGGCAGUGACUUGAAUGCCAGCUUCACACACAUGAGAUGGUUGCAGCUGUCUUCCUGCUGCUGGCUGCUCUCUGCUGCCCUGAACUUAAAGAGGGCCCUGUUGAAAUGCUGCUGGUGUUGGAAUGCCUCCCUUCUUCCAGUUGUGUUGCUGGGGAUCCCCUUCUGGGAUAGCAAUAGCACACAACCCCUACCCACAAACAAAACCCUGAGCCUAGAGCCUGGUUGGGUGGAGGGGAUUUGUUCUGCAGGGGGUCUGCAGCCAUGCACAGCUGUGCUUCUUUCCCACCUGCUGCUGUAACUGUUCCUGCCUGCAGGGCUGUGCCUGGUUCUGCACAGGAUUGGGCUGUCUUGCUCUGAGCAGUUGAGGGAGAGGGGGUUCAGUCUGGGUCCAGGGAAUGCUGAGACUUGUCAAAGUGCUGCUUGGGAGAAAAUAAAAACAUAGCAUAAGGUACAGAGGUACCUGAGGGAGCAGUAA